GUGACAGGUGACAGCGGGACAUAAAAGCUGAACGAGGCAUAAAAGCCUGUCGUACAGUUUUAUAAAGCCAGACUGAUCUCCUGGACUCACACUCAACCAAACCAGCGUUACACUUUUAAGAAGGAACUGCCAUGAACAUGCAGCACAACAACCAAACUAUGACCAUAUUGUGUCUUUUGGCUUUGCUUUUCACAAUGCAUCAGGCAUCCAGUGCACCAACACUAACGUCUAAAGGUACAUCAGAUAUCGAGCAAUUAUACACUGUACUGCACCGUAAAGCUCGUAUGACUCCGCUGUGGAGAAUCUUGGCCAGUAAACCACAUGGUGCUUACUGUCACGACCAUAUAGAGUGCUCUACAUUACUCUGCAGGAAUGGCUUUUGCUCUUUUGAUGAACCUGUUCAUUCCUAGUGGAUCUGGAGGUUAAAAGAAUUACGUUGCUGGUGCCAUGUGAAACUACACACAGCCAACAACAACAACAACAACAACAACAACAACAACAACAACAACACAAACAGAGGUAUACAAAAUGAGAGCAAUACAGAUUUAUAAAUAUUAAUUAUUUUUAAUUGGAAUUAUGUUAGGACAGCAAAACGUGUGCACAUUUAAUUAAAUUACAAACUUAAGUAAAAAAAAAUCAAUAUGUAAUUUUAAAAUGUCCCAUUUAGAAUAUGUAAAUAAUAAUAUUUUUACUGUAAAAAUAUAUUAAUUGCAUUCAUGUAUUUAUUAAUUAAUUGUACAAAUAUAUUCACAGUAGUGUAACUCAGCUAUACAUUUAUAUCUUUUUGUAUAACUGUGUAGUACACAGUUAAAUUAUUGUAAAUAUAUUAUUAAUUAUACGUGUUAUAAUUACACAUAUAAACUAUACGUGUACUAAACUGUAUGUAUUUUUAACUAAAUGUAUUAUUCAAAUGCUUAAUAUAGGCACAUGCUAUUUUUGUCAUUUAAUACGCUGACAAAACGUUACACUUGACACACUUUUUUUUAUUUUAUUGUAACUAUUAUGUUUUUUCUCCCCAUUUUAAUCUCGAACAUAUUGUACUGUUAUACCAUUUUCCAUGUACAGGUGUAGAGCACUCAAUACAAAUAAUACAUUUUAUUAAGAGAAGUGAUAUAUUCAUAUACUGUAUUUUUUUAUUGCCAACACCCAUGAGAGAGUGAAUCAUUAUCACAAAAUUGUACUGUAAAAAAACACGUCGUACUGUUCAAGGCCUUGAUAAAUGCAUUAUUAAAUUGAAAUUAUUACUGCAUUCGUUCAUGAAUAAUUAUUAGGUUACCAGGAUCCUUAUUAUUGUAAAGUGUUACCUGGAUGUACAAUGGAUGUACAGGUGCUGUGUGCUGUGAAAAAAACCCCAACAAAAAACAUUCUCAAAUAAAAAUGGUGUAAAUGCUUAA